AUGGGCAUACAGACCAAGGACGGUCAUGAUACGGUCCGCUGGAACGCAUAUUUCGUCUUUGUCGUGUUAUUGUCCAUCGCACACGCCUGUCUGAUAUCCCACAUCCGACCACUCUGGGAUGCGCUUACACAACCACUCUGGCUACUGAGGAGCCAACACUCAACAACUGGUCUUACAGACGCUGCGAUUGUACUGGCUAUUGGAUUCUAUUUCUACGGGACAGACGGACUGAAACCUCCACAAUGGAUUCUGGAAACACGGUUCAUGGAACUACAAGUGUUCGCCUUCCUCGUACUGCUGAUGACCUUUGCUGGCCUGAUCGCCUGGAGAGGAGAAGUAGAGCCGCGUCAAGCAAUUGUAGAGCAAGAAAAUGAAUCCUCGGUAGAGCAGUUGAUACCUCCUCUACUACUGCCUGGACGCACUACUCAUUCGCGGAUGUUUCCUCAGAAGCAUUCUUUUGCGUACUCUUACUUCUCUGUUGGAGUACCUGUCAGUUUCAAGGGAUGUGCUGGAUCAAUGCUGUCUACCAAUUUGGAAAUGCUGCCACCGAGCCAGAGACGGAAAGGAUGGUUCAAUGUCGAUGCUUCGGACUACCUGUAUCGAGGUGGAGAAGAGCGUGGACUUGAAGCGCGGCUGAGAUGCUAUCUUCGCGGAGAGGGUGUGCCAGAUGAAGCUUGGUGUUUUGCCUACCUCGUGACGGCACCGAGGUUCUUGGGUUACUCAUUCAACCCAGUAUCAUUCUGGUACAUCUAUGAUAGCUCAAAGCAUCUCGUGAUGAUGGUACUGGAAGUCAACAACACUUUUGGAGAACGUCGACUGUAUCUUCUCAAAGCCGAGGAGAAGGCUACUGAUGACUCGGUGCCAGAUGGCUUCGAAGCACCUGCCAAAGCUACAAAGUUCACCAACUCUUGGGUCAAAGAUUUCCAUGUUUCGCCGUUCAAUUCACGCAAAGGCACAUAUUCUCUCACAGCUACGAAUCCAGUUGCUGCUCUAAAGUCUGGAUCCAGGGUCCUGGACAACAUCGUCGUACUUAGCUCUUCCAAGGCUGAGGCUAAAAUUGUUGCACGUGUGUACUCGGAUGACAACCACAUGAAUCCAACCACUAUGAGCACCUCUCAGACCAUCAAGACGCUUGCAUCUUGGUUCUGGGUAGGUUUCCUCACAUUUCCUCGAAUCCUCGCGCAAGCAUACAAAUUAUACUUCAAGCGCAAACUCCACGUCUGGUUCCGACCUGAAGUCCUGGCUUCGAGUAUUGGUCGCACGCAUACAUCGUCCGAAGCAAUUCUAGAAGCCUUCUUUCUGUCCUACCUCGGCUUCCUUGUCGAUUCUGCGUCCGAGCCUCUACAACUCAAAUAUACACCAGCAGGUGGCUUAGGAACUUGCAUCACCUUGACCUCCAAGAACGUUACAGAGGACCAGGUUCCUAAGCAAUUGGGCUUGAAAGUCCUUACUCCAGCUUUCUACACUAGAUUUGUGCAUUACGCCCACACCUCUAGCGCCUUCCUUCGUGAGAGUCUGAGCAACAGUCGCGAUAAUCGCACUUGCGUUUUCGAAAAUGCUGAGAAUUUGCAUCUUAUUCUGAAGACGCUUGAUUCCACCACUCCUGGGCUUGCCGUCGAUGGUCUCGCAACAGUGGAUCAGUACCGUUGGCGCUUACUCCAAAAUCUCCGCUCUGCGCCUCCGCCUACCGCAAACCCUGACUCUAGUACUAGAAUUGGUGAUAGGGCAAGUGAACAGGAUGAUCACACCCUGCCAUUCUCGAAUCUGGAUUGCUUUGUUCAGACUCGUUUUGCCAAUGAUGAAAAGUAUGCUAUGGUCGCGGCUCAGCGAUUGAGUAAAAACAUACCUACACUGUUCAAGCAGUGGUCUUCAAAACAACUCGGACACAUCUAUAGAGAUGUUGUGACGAAAGUCUUCGUUGCUGACACGUAUCUCUUUGGGUUUGAGGGCUUAAUUGGCGUGCUGGACUUUGCCAUCAGGGUGCUGUUGGUAAUUGUGUGGUUCAAGGUUUCUGCUAGCGACGAAGUUGUGCAUCGAGGUAUUGGAUGGCAGCUUUGUAAGUGGGUUGCGGUCAAUGGGUUGCACUUGUGGGAUGCAGUAAAGAGUAUAUAG